GCGGGGGCUGGGCCUCUGGGCUGGACAUGCUUAGGUCACACUGGGAGGAUAACUUGGUCUGCUGGUACCAUCACUGCGAUGACCAGAGUUGUGCUGGGCUCACACUGGUGAAGGGCGGCUCUCCCAGAGUCUGAGCAUUCCGUGAAGAUCUUGCACUUGGGCGCAAAGCAAGGAUGCGUGAAAUCGUCCACAUUCAGAUCGGCCAGUGUGGUAACCAGAUUGGAGCCAAGUUCUGGGAGGUGAUUGGUGAAGAGCACGGGAUCGACUCAGCUGGCAACUACCACGGGGACAGCUCUUUGCAGCUGGAGAGGAUCAGCGUGUACUACAACGAGGCCCACGGUAAAAAAUAUGUGCCCCGAGCAGUCUUGGUGGACCUGGAACCUGGGACAAUGGAUAGUAUCCGAUCUAGCAAAUUGGGAACCCUCUUUCAACCAGACAGUUUUGUCCAUGGUAACUCAGGGGCUGGCAACAACUGGGCGAAGGGCCACUACACGGAGGGAGCGGAACUGAUGGAAGCCGUUCUGGACGUGGUGAGGGGCGAGAGCGAGAACUGCGACUGCCUGCAGGGCUUCCAGAUCGUCCACUCCCUGGGCGGGGGCACAGGCUCUGGCAUGGGCACUCUGCUCAUGAACAAGAUCAGGGAGGAGUACCCGGACCGCAUCAUGAACUCCUUCAGCGUCAUGCCCUCCCCCAAGGUGUCCGACACGGUGGUAGAGCCCUACAACGCUGUCCUGUCCAUCCACCAGCUGAUCGAGAACGCAGACGCCUGCUUCUGCAUCGACAACGAGGCCCUCUAUGACAUCUGCUUCCGCACCCUGAAGCUGACGACGCCCACCUACGGCGACCUCAACCACCUGGUGUCCUUGACCAUGAGUGGCAUAACCACCUCCCUGCGCUUCCCAGGGCAGCUCAACGCAGACCUGCGCAAGCUGGCGGUGAACAUGGUCCCCUUCCCCCGCCUGCACUUCUUCAUGCCUGGCUUCGCCCCGCUCACGGCCCAAGGCAGCCAGCAGUACCGGGCCCUCUCGGUGGCCGAGCUCACCCAGCAGAUGUUUGACGCCCGCAACACCAUGGCUGCCUGCGACCCCCGCCGCGGUCGCUACCUGACGGUGGCCUGCAUCUUCCGGGGUAAGAUGUCCACCAGGGAAGUGGAUGAGCAGCUGCUCAAUGUGCAGACCAGGAACAGCAGCUGCUUUGUGGAGUGGAUCCCCAACAACGUCAAGGUGGCGGUCUGCGACAUACCACCCCGGGGGCUGAACAUGGCUGCCACCUUUAUAGGCAACAACACGGCCAUCCAAGAGCUCUUCAACAGGGUUUCGGAGCAUUUCUCGGCUAUGUUCAGAAGGAAAGCUUUUGUGCACUGGUACACUGGUGAGGGGAUGGACAUAAACGAAUUUGUGGAAGCCGAAAGUAACAUCCAUGAUUUGGUAUCCGAGUACCAACAAUUUCAAGAUGCCAAAGCAGUUCUAGAGGAAAAUGAAGAGGUCAUGGGGGAGGCGGAAAUGGAACCAGAAGAUAAGGAACAUUAACCACGAGAAGCUGUGUGAGCCUCAGCUGCAGGGUGUGGUCACUUACACAACAGUUUCUCUGAAGAUGAGUGUUAGCCUGCAGCAAUCCCAAGCCUAUUCUGCACUGCAGCACAGUGAGCCGUACCCACACGGCCACUCAGCAUCUGCUCUGACACAGGACUGUGGGGGGAGCGGGCUGGGAAAUAACUGAUAGGCAUUAGGGUCUUCUGCUGGCAUUUACUAACCUUGAAGAAUUUGAUAUUCAAUGCACACUGUAUUAACUUUUUUUUAAAUAGCAAAGCGAAUUUACCAUAAAGCACUCCCUUUGUAUAAGAAUGUUUGUUGGGUAUUUACUGUAUGCAUAGCACCAUGCCCAGCACCAAAACGAUGCAUGUGAACGUGUGGGGAGCCACCACUGUUGACAUGAACUUGUCAACUCAUUAGCAGCACUGAUAAGCACCCUGGAAACCUUACUUGGCAUCCUCUGGGGCUGCUCUUACUUCAGGUUCUCUCUUAACACACGAUGCCCAGCAUCCUACCUUCUCAUCCUUGCCAGCUUCCAGAAAAGCCAGGUGACUAAUUGGUAUGUGGGGAGCUACCCAGCCAAUGUAAAUGUGAGUCAGUGUCCACUAGUAAAUGGUGUAGGGCUGUGUACACUUCAGCGUACCAACAGGAAAGGAAAAAAGGGAGGAAAGAAAAGUGGCAGUCUUUUCCACAAAAAUAUCCAGCCAAAAAGUAAAAAAAAAAACAAG